AUGGACCACUUCCUCUCUGUUUGCCCCACCACACUCACCGUUGACCUCCUCGAGGAGCGCCUCCUGGCAGCUAAGAAGAGUAUAGUUGCUGUAGGAGCCUCUCGAGGUGACCCUCGUGCCCCCUUCUUUGAGGGGUGCUCCCCCUCCCCCCUUUUGCCCUCUGUUGCCUUUGGUGCUGUCGUCGACUUCGUUGGCACCGAGUCGGUUGGCGCUCCGUCUGCCCCUAGCGGGAGACGCCGCACCGGCAAGGGCAAGGGGGGCAAGGGCCGAUGUGGGGGUGCUGGUCCUUGUGCCUACGUCCUGUGUACCGGCGACCGCACUGGUGAGCAAUGCGGUGGCCCGCACACCACCCAGCGUUGCUUCGGCCGCCUGACGGACGCUUGGCGUCUCCAGUUCCUUGACGCCACUAAGAUCCCCCACUGGCGCGAGCUGCUUAGGUUGGGGGUUGCUGUCUUUGAUCUGGAUUAUGAUGCUAUUCUUGCUGCCAUGUAUGUUGUGUCUAUUAGUGAUGAGGGUGACUGUUACCUGUGUGUUCUGCCUGACCCGGGCAUUGAGGCUUCUGCUCUAGGUGCUGGUGAGGCUGCUGCUCUAGGUGCUAGUGCGUUUGCUGCCCCUGGUGCUGGUGAGUCUGCUCUCUCAGGUACCACGUCGGCUCAGGCCUUACACACCUUCACCCUUGACUCGGGUGCUUCCCGCUCCUUCUUUCCAGACCGCACCACGCUUACGCCGCUUAGUCGGCCGGUUGCGGUCUCCCUGGCGGACCCCUCUGGGGGUCCCGUCCAUGCCCACUUCUCCACUGUCUUACCGUGUCCGGCGGCCCCCUCUGGCACCCUGUCAGGUCUCUACCUCCCCUCGUUCUCUACGAAAUUGGUGAGUGGUGCUGAUCUAUAG